UCAGAAGCCAGAAAGUAAUAUAAAAUAUGAAUAUGAGAAUUGCUCAUAUAUUCUGACAAUUUAACGAUUUCCAAGGUCGUUCAGUUGAUUUGUUGAUAUAAACGUUCUAUGGCGAUGCCUUCCUUUUCCUAAUGUCAAAGAGAGUAGACAUUAGAAAUCUCAUAGAUUAUCGAAGAAACACAACUUGUAGUACUUUGGAUUAAGAUACACGAAAUGUCUUGCACGAUGGAUUCAUGUAAAGCUUCUGCUGUUUAUAGUCGACUUGAUGAGAAUCCAACUCAACUUCCUAUGUUGCAGCAAUCUUUCCCUCGUCGACAUAAGUACAACACUACAAACAGCUCAAUGACAACACGAAGUAUGACAAGGAAUGCCAAAAUAGUACCGAUGAAAACAGAAAUCAAAGAUGUCGAAAAUUUGAAAUUUCCAAAACUUAGCGACCAUCUGGAUUGGUAUGAUACUAACAAACAUAAACGGACAAACAUUUACUCUAGGAAUUCAAAUAACUUCUCCAAGGGAAGGCACGGGGCCAUACAUCUACAGCAACAAAAGCGCAGACUAUUGUUGAGAGGCUUGGAUCCAUUGAGGCACAGCCGGACACCACACAGGACGAAACGCAUAGAGUCAAACAAACUGCCAGCAGUUAAUAAAACACAUACAAUGCUUGUCACUACCCCAGAUACGUCUGUACAAACCCAAGAUAUUCCAACCAUAACUCUUCGUCCACCUACUGUGCACAUGACAGUAAACAGUUUGAAUGAUAAGCCUGAGAAUAAAGCACCUGAGUUGACGCUACCAAUUAAAACAAGUUAUAGACACAAACGUUACGCUGCAUUAGGAGACAACGCCAAUGAAAGCAAUUCAGGUUUUGAUGCAUUCGCAUCUAUAUCACCCAAGGAAUUUAAAUUUGAUGAUAAAGCAACUUCGUGUAUUGUCGAACGGAUAAAUACAACUGAUGGUGUGAAAGAUGGUAACUAUUGUAAUGAAUACAAUAACAUUAAGAAACAAAAGCAGGGCAAUCAUGGAACAAUCAAUGUUGACGAUGGAAAUUAUUGUAACGUUGCAUAUAGGAGUGUUAAAAAGGGAAAACAACGCAAACUAGGAGAGCUCGUUAGCUCUUUAGACAGACAAGGCUACUCAACUAGGCAAAGCUCUCUCGACAUGCGAUUUGAACAAUCGAUGUAA